GUUUAAACAGGGUGAUAAUUGAACUUAGUGUAAUGAAGUAAAUUACAUGAACAAAUAUGAUCUUUAUUGUGAGCAUAGAGCAGGUGAAUUGGGUUUGAACCUACAGGAAGAGAUAAGGAUGGCAGCUGCAAGCAAUGAGUUUACACUCACUGGUCCUCAUGUGAUAAAACAACAUGACUCCUCUGCUGUCACUCUCUCAUGCCAUCUGUCUCCUAAAAUCAAUGCUGUUAACAUGGAGAUCCGGUGGUUGAAGGGCACAAACUGUGUUUGUGUCUAUAAGAACAGACAGGAGACAAAGGGGAGAGGUUACGAGGACAGAGUGAGUCUGUUCACUCAGGAGCUGAAGAGAGGAAACGUCUCCUUACAGCUGAGAGACUGUAAAUGGUCAGAUAGAGGACAUUACCUGUGUCAGGUCACUGAUGGAAACAGAACAGAGGAGUUUACAGUAAAAGUAAAAAUGAAUCCUUUCUCAUGGGUAAGUAAAUAACUAUAACACUUCAUGGGUUUGGGAGACUGAAGACAUGGUAGACAUGCAAGGUACUUCGACUGGUGUCUAUUUUUAUUUUCACUUUUCAGCAUCGCUUUUCAGCUUCUUUUCUUUUGGGUCUCACACUGAGAUAAACUUCAACAUGAACACACUCGCUCAUGCACACACAUGCAGCUGUGUACUGGUUUUGACUCUCUCUCUCCUCCUUGGGUCUCUCUCCUCCUUAUCCCUGAGCAUUGGCAACCUUCAUGCAGUGGAGCCACUGAAGCAGGCAUGAUCUAAACAGAAAGUGAAAGGGCAUACCAGCAGGUAGUACUGGAUGGUGAGGAGUACCCACUUGAUUGCCAGACACUCCUAUUUCAAUGGUGCUGUACUUUGUCUCCCAUACUGAGAGCUUGUGGAUGGUGUACAACACCAGGCACUCCUCCCCCUCCAUCCUUUGGGACAAAAUGGCCCCCAGCUCUCUGUCUGACAUGUCAGUCUGCAAAAUAGAAGAGAAAAGUCAGGAGAUUGCAGUAGUAGCCCUCCGCAGAGUGAAGAUUUUCACCUGUUGGCACAGCUCUGUCCACUAGACUGGAUCUGGCACUCCUGUUUUAGUAAGAUCAUUCAACAGGCUGGUUACAUCCAAAUAGUUUGACCUCUUUUUUGGCCUUGCAUUUUGGACAGGCUACAACCACUGUGGUUUUAUCAGUCUGUGGCCACAAAUGCCUGUGACAUAAGUGGAAGCCCAGAUACCAUACUUGCACCUGUCUAACCACACGCUUUUUCGGGAUCACCGUGAGCCACACCCAUAUCAACAAUCUCAGGACAACCCUCAGCUGCUGCCAGUCAUUACUGUAAAUAACAAUGUAAUUGAGAUAGGCCGCUUUGUGUGGAUGGAGAAUUCUGUCCAUGAGCCACUGCAGCAUUGUAGGGGCCCCAAACAACCCAAAAGGAAGUGUCACAAAUUGGUGGAAACAAAUUGGUGGAAAAGGCAGUUUAUUCAUGGGAUAUGGGAGUCAAGGGGAUCUGCUAAUAUCCCUUUGUCAAAUCCAGUGUCAAAAUAAGCCAUUCCUAACCAAUCAAGCAGUUUGUUAAUGCAAGACAUUGGGUAUGUGUCAAAUUUAGACUUUUCUAAAAUCUACACAGAACCAAACUGAUCUGUCAGACAUGGGCACCAAGACCACUGGGCUGUUAAAUUCACUGUGUGACUCCUCAAUUAACCCCAUGCCAAGCAUAGCCUUGAAUUCAUCCCGAACCACAUUUUUCUUGUAUUCGGAGAGACAAUGGGGUGGCUGCAUAUCACCACCCCUGGAGACAUUUCUAUGUGGCGUUCUAUGAGGAGUGCAACUGGGCAGAGGUGGGAACACAUCAGAAAAUUCCGCCUGCAACUUGGCAACCUCUGCAAUUUGGGACAGUGAGAGGUGCUUUGCACAAGGGACCGGGAUGGAUUGAACUGUUAUUUUUAGAUUUACCUCUGUUCCCAGCUCCUCCCUCUCUGGAAUGACCAUUGCUAAAGCCACAGGGACCACCUCUAUCCAUGAUUUAAGAAUAUUGAGGUGGUAUAUUUGCCCACCCCACCUCUAUCCAUUCACACCAACUCAUAGUCAAUCUCCCCAACUCACCCUAUGACCUCAAAGGGCCCUUUCCACUUGUAGAUCAAUUUGGAAUUUGAUGUUGGCAGUAAAACAAGUACAUUAUCUCUCACUGGAAAAAUUCCCAGGUCCUGACAACCAAGCACACCAUACAGAGGGAGUAGCUUUCAUGUUGGCUGAAGAGGCUCAGAAAGGCCUCAUAGGAUGGGAACCCAUCAACUCUAGGAUCAUAACAGCCAGGUUCCAGAGCAGCCACAAACUCAUCAAACUAUGCAUAAUACAGUGCUAUGCACCAACCAACAAUGCAGAAGAGGCAGCAAAAGAGAGUUUUAGAUGCAGCUGGAGAAAAUCAUCAAAACGCAUAAAGAGAAGGAAGGCACCAUAUUAAUGAGUGACAUGAACACCAAAGUGGGACAAGAGAACACAGAAUAUGAACAAGUAAUGGGAAAGCAUGGUGUAGGAAACAUGAAUGAAAAUGGAGAGUAAUUUACUGACCUCUGCGCAGAACAAAACCUGGUUAUAGGAGGUACCAUAUUCCCACAGAAACAGAUACACAAAAUGACCUGGGCAUCACCUGAUAAGAUCAUGGAAAACCAGAUUGACCAUAUCUGUUAGGACUGGGGACUGUCUUGGCCUCUAGAGGCCGCUGUCAUUGCUUUAUCUUGUCAUGUUUGUUUUGGCCUCUAGAGGCCGCCACUGCUUCUGUGUUUUGUGUUUGUUUUGAUUGCCUGUUUCCAUGUGCCUUUUACACCCACUUGUUCUUUAUUUCCUGCCCCGCCCAGUUUCUUAAUUUCCCUGUGUAUAAAUACUUCCUCAGUUUGGUCCCUAGUCAUGGAGUCUCUGUGCUGUUAUGUUAUCUCUUGAGAUCUCUGUUCCGUGUUCCUUGCCUUUGUCUUUAUGGUCUUUUGUACUGUGCUUUCUUGUGGAUAAUUUGGACUUUGUAUUUACCAUUUUGGAUCUUCUGAGCGUUUGGAUUUUUGCCUUUUCUUUUCUUAUCUUUGGCUUUUUGUUUUGACUUUGAACUUUUGGAUUUUUUAUUUUUUCUCAUAUAUCUUCUGAGCGGGCGGCACGGUGGUGUA